AUGCGACGCUCACGAAACGGUCAUUGCGUGGCGGAGCUCUUCAGCCUCUACGACGAUGCGUACCGGUACGUGCAGCCCAUCAUGCACCUCGCCGCUCAGAGUCUCCUUCUCUCUUCUUUCCCUUUCCUUUUCUUUGCAAUCUCAGAUUUGGCAGGCUAUCAUCGAGAGGAAAGCUACCUUUGGGCUGACAACUACACAACAGCCCCUUACGUGGCCUUGAUAGAUGAUGACGUCAUCUUCAACAUGAAAUUAACGCCCGGAUUACUGUUCAACCUGACAGACAGCAAGCCGUACGUGAUUGGCAGCGCGCGGCGACAGCUGGACCAGUGGUUACCCUCCACCAAGUUUUUCGUUGGCAAGGACAAGUACUUCGCCAAUUUCAUGGUGCAGUUGCCAUUUGUGAUGCCAACCAGCGUCCUGACAAACUUCAAGAGCCACGUGGCCAAUCUGCACAAGAACAAGGUCGGCAGCUUCGACUCGGCUUUCAAGUGGUUCUCUGAGCAUGGACCUCUUUGGCGGACCCAAAUCGCCCACACGACUAUUGGAAACUACAUGUGGGCGUAUGCACAUGAUCAGGUGCACUGGGCCUUGGAAUGGACCAAUCACACGCCGAUCCCUCGAGCCGGCGUGCAUCUUCCCUACACGCAGCCUUUCCUCACGAAGCACAAGUUCAACGGGCCACGUGUCAUCAAGACAUACGUCCAGGGGGCGGCUUAUUACGCGCACGAGGGCGUGUGCCAUGCGCUGCCUGCUGGAGAGCUCCCUGGGUGUGAUGAUGUGAACCCUUUCCCUCAGAUCCAGAUAUGGCAGUCUGCCAUGGAUUGGUUUGACUGGCCUGGUAUUAAUAAGAUGGAGGCUAACGCUACUAUAGUGUAUGAUCAUUACCAGAGCGAGCUGGCGUGCAUGUACUGGAAGACAGCUCAGGGGGGGGCGGGUGGUGGAGGGGAGCCAAGUGUGUUUGGAACGAAUGUGCAGAUUAGAGGGGCUGAUCCUGCUGGGAGGAGAGAAGAGCUCUUGACAUCUCUAUAG